AUACUCCAUGGCAAAUCUGCAAGAAAAGCCGAAUUUGCCAACCUUCAGACAGUCAUGUUGGAUCGUGAAGGACCUUUCGAAUGCCCUGCCUUUGUCUUGGUCUUGAAGCAGGGAAAGACAAACCAGUUCGGACGAAUUGAGCUUGCAGCCUGCUUGAGAAAUUCCAAGGUUGAGAUUUGUCCAUUCAUGGCACUCAGAUGCUAUUUCUUCUGGAGAUGGCAUAUUGAUGGUGAGCAGGAAAUGCCUUACUCCCCCCAUCUCGAAGCAAUCAACAGGGCAUUCAAGACCUGUAGAAUCGUUUCCACAGCAAAGAUCGAUGCUGCCCAUGGAUCAUCAGCAAGAAUGGCUGAUAUGAGUGCAUGCCAGCAAACCGCAGCUGCACAUGCGUUUCUGGAGCUUCUGAAGCAAUUAAGAAUCACUUUUCUACAGGAUUCUGUGUUAAUGAUGAGCAAAACUCCAGGGCACCCAUUGUGGCAGCACGGUGUAUUCCAUGAUCCUGAAUACAUCGAGUUCAAGAGAUCAGUCGAGCCUUGUGUGGAGACAGAUGUCAAGCCUACUGAUAUCCUUUUGCAGAGAGCACUUCCUCUGAUAACCAGAAAGUUGGCUGACAUGCAG